UGUGAUGGGAUGGAAAAUGGCGGCUGUUCUUAGACCGCAGUAACUUUCUACUAUACUAGUACUAACAGCAACAAUAAUAUAUCAUGUUUACUUGCAGUGUAUUGGAGGUAUCCGAAUGAAAACGUAUUCGGAUUAUGUUAAGUUUUGUGUUGGUAUGAGGAAGACGAGUUCAAGAAAGCUAAUAUUAGCUGGGCACGGCUUGGGAUGGCGAGGCAAGGAACAAAGCUCGAGUACACAGACAGAACAGUUUUUAUGAAAAAUAUGAUUUUAUGUUAACUCUCACUUCCUUUCGGUGCAAUAGUGUACUUAAAGUUAGCCAAUCUAAACGAGUCUUACCACAGGUAAAACUUCCCAUAUUUGUCUGACUUAAACUCACCAAUCCCGAAUGAAGUCAACAAGUAUAAGGAAACAUUGGGAAAAGACGAUUAACGUCUGAUAGUUUUGGAAUGCAGCAAAGGCAUUGAAUAAAUAGCUAAUCGUUUCACUUAGCCAGCUUUGGGAUACUUAUGUUGAUCAGUAGCUGUUGUAGUUAGUAACUUAGCGCAACUUACUCUGAAAGCAGCCGUGGUGAACACACGCCUUCUCGCUGCUUGUUUACUAUCGCUACCCACUGCAGCCAUGUGGUGCCUCGGUCAAACUUAGCUGCUCCACAGAUAUUUAUAUUCAUUCUUUGCUUCGUUAACUACCCGAAUUUAGUUGGACAAAGGCCGGUUCCCAGUGAUAAUGGAUGAGUCCAAACCGCGCUACAGUAAAAGGCUGCGGGCUGGUACCCGGCGACGUUACCAUGACGAUGGCAUCUCAGAUGAAGAGAUUGACGGAAGGAGGAUGUUUGACCUGGAGGAGAAAGUCCACAGUCAGAGGUUCAGCUCUGACCGGGUCGUUCACAUGCAGGGAAAAGACUUCACAUACGAGUUCAUCCAGAGAAGCGGGCUGAGGGACCCCAUCCUCUUUGACAAACCCGAAGGACUAGGAAUCAAGAUGCCUGACCCUGAUUUCAGUGUCAAUGAUGUCAAGAUGUUUGUUGGUAGCAGACGUAUGAUAGAUGUGAUGGAUGUGAGCACUCAGAAGGGGACAGAGAUGUCCAUGGCCCAGUGGACUCGUUACUAUGAGACUCCUCCAUCUCAGAGAGACAAGCUCUAUAAUGUUAUCAGCCUGGAGUUCAGCCACACCAAGCUGGAGAACCUGGUCAGGAGACCUGCCACGGUGGAUCUGAUAGACUGGGUGGACAACAUGUGGCCUCGUCACCUGAAAGAGAGACAGAGAGACUCAACCAACUCUAUCACAGACAUGCAGUAUCCCAAAGUACAGAAAUACUGCCUGAUGAGUGUGGAGGGCUGCUAUACAGACUUUCACAUUGACUUUGGAGGGACCUCUGUGUGGUACCACAUACUGAGAGGAAGCAAGGUGUUCUGGCUGAUCCCACCCACCCCUCAGAACCUGGAGCUGUAUGAGAACUGGGUGCUCUCUGGAAAACAGGGAGACAUUUUCCUGGGAGACCGAGCAUCUGACUGCCAGAGGAUUGAACUGAAGCAAGGCUGCACCUUCAUCAUACCCUCAGGGUGGAUUCAUGCAGUCUACACACCUGUGGAUUCUAUGGUGUUUGGAGGAAACUUCCUUCACAGCUUCAAUAUUCCUACGCAACUUAACAUCUGUAAUAUAGAGGACCGCACGCGGGUUCCAGUAAAGUUCCGUUACCCCUUCUACUAUGAGAUGUGCUGGUACGUGUUGGAGCGCUACGUCUUCAGCAUGACCAAGACAUCCUACCUCACACCAGAGUUUCAGAAACACUCGCUAGGCAUUGGUCUGAAGAAGCCUUCCAGCUCAGAUCCAGCCAGUGAGCAGGUGAAGGACGGGGAGGAAGGUGUCAGUGAUGAAGAUGCUUCAGAGCCUGAUAAGCCAGCAGUUAAAGUUAAUUUGACUCCCUUGGAGCUGGAGGGGCUGUGGAACCUGCUGGGAAAACUGGAGGCGCUGCCGUCCAACAAGAAGUGCGUCCCAGCAGGGAUACACAAUGCACCAGCUCUCAUUACACACAUCAAGGCACUUCUUAAGGAACAUGCCAAUGACAAUCCCAAACUGUCCUACACAGGAAAACCAAUCAUCAAGUGGCCAAAGAGGCCGUCGUGGUAUCAGCCUCCUCCUCCACCGCCUCCUCCUCGUCCUAAAUUGGCCACCACUCCCAUCAUCCCACGACCACAGAAGCCAGCCUCCUCCAUGUCUGUGCUGAGGCGGCGUAGGGUCAGGUGUAAGCGCUGUGAGGCCUGUAUGAGAGCAGAGUGUGGAGACUGUAAUUUCUGCAGAGACAUGAAGAAGUUUGGAGGACCUGGAAAGCUCAAGCAGACCUGCGUGCUGCGACAAUGUCUCUCUCCGGGCCUUCCUCUGUCCGCGGUGUGUGAAAUCUGCAAGGAGCCCAAUCAGGAGGAAACUGGAGACCCCUCCCUCACUCUGAUGGAAUGUUCCAACUGUGCGCAGAUAGUCCACCCCGCCUGCCUCACGGUUCAGGGUGAAGGAGUGGUUAAUAAAGACCUGCCCAGCUGUUGGGAGUGUCCAAAGUGUGUCCAAGGGAUCACUGACCCAGAGUCUAGAGGAGACAAAGGUGAAGGCCUUCCAGUGAAGCGGAAAUCUUCCUCCCUGUUGGACGCUCGCAUGGCUAAGAUUUACCGACGACAGAGACACAGCCGCGAUGGAGACGACUCUGUCAGCGAUGACGAUGAUGAAGCCUCUCAGAGAAGAAAGAUGUCAUUACAAGCUCGAGGGGGGGGCCACUCUUCCAGGAGGGGGUUUGGUGCCAACAGGAGAGGCCUGCUGAGAGGAGGCUCGGCCCACAGAGGAAGCAGAGGAGGCCUGAUUACUCCUGGCUCCUCCUCAGUCCUCAAGCUAAAGCGUGGGAUGGGCAUGAGGGAAGGUGGGAGGAGGGGGAGAGGGGUGAGGCUGAGGGGAGGCUCCAGGGUGCAGCGGAGGGGAGACUCAUCUGAGGAAUCUGAUGAUGACGACGACGACGAUGAUGAAGAAGAUGACGACGACAGUGAAGACGGAGACAAAGAGGAACGGCAUCGUCGACGCAGGGGAAGGCGCAGGACUGAUGAUGAUGAUGACGAUGAUGAUGACGAUGAUGAAGAUGAGGACAGUGAGGGGCAGGAGUUUGACCCAGAGGAGGAGGAGAUGGACACACUGGAAGAUGAAGAGGAGGAAGAGGAGGAGGAGGAAGGACACUGGGAUUCAGACCCAGAGCCUCCGGUGCUCCUGGUGUCUGAUCUGAAUGACGACCUGCUUAGUGGCUCCUACCUGACUGUGACUCUACAGCGCCCCCACAAGGCCAAGAGACAAUCUGGCUCCAUAGUUCCAAAGCUGGAAGCAGCCAUGGGUCCGCGGACAGCAGCAGUGGUUACAGGUGGUCAGCAGGGCUUCAUCCAGAGAAAGACAGCUCUGUCCAAACCUUCACGCCUCAAGAGCAGUGACACCACAGCUGAUGGCCAAACCCCACGAGGACCUGGAAGGCCACGUCUCCGUGGUAACCAGGGCGACCGAGGCACAAGGGAUCGGUCUGCGUCUUCCACAGAAGAAGAGGAAGCUGCUGCUCCUCCUGCAUCCUCCACCCUGUCUCCUCCAUCCCUGCUGUCCCUGCCAUCCUUUAAAGACGUUGGCAACGAAAGAGGAGGGGAGAAGGAGGUUUGGGUGUCUGUUUUCAGAUACUUGAACAGAGCUGAGCUGCUGGCCUGCAUGACUGUCUGCAAAGCCUGGUACAAGUGGAGCUGUGACAAGCGUCUGUGGAGCCAUGUGGAUGUGAGCCGGUGCAGCCCACUCAGUAACCAGGCCCUGGCAGGCAUCAUCAAACGCCAGCCCACCUCUCUGGACCUGUCCUGGACCCCCCUGGCCAAGAGACAGCUUAACUGUCUGCUCACCAGGCUCCCAGGUCUCAGGGAGUUGAGAGUGACCGGUCUGUCCUGGUCCUGUCUGUCAGCACUGGUCUCUCCCACUCUGCCCUACCUGCGACUGCUGGACCUGCGCUGGUGUGAAGGCCUUAAAGACGCCCAGAUUAAAGAGCUCAUCACCCCGACUGGUUCAGAGUCGUCUCGCAGCAGACUGAGGAACAUGGUAACACUGCGUCUGUCCGGUCUGGAUGUUAGUGAGUCCACUUUGAGGCUGCUGCAGCGCCACAUGCCCCAGCUGGAGAGGCUGGACCUGGCUCACUGCAAGGACAUAACCGACUCCUCCAUCGCCCUGCUGGCGGCAGCCGGGACACACACUCGCAACAACCUCACUGAGCUCACACUGGCAGGUUGCGGUCAACUGACAGAUGGCUGUCUGUCCUACCUGAAGCGUCUCUCCUCUCUGACUCUGCUGGACCUCAGAGGCUGUAAGAGUAUCAGCAGACGAGCCUGCGACGCCUUCAUCUCUGACCUGUCCCACACCGCACUCUACUGUAUGGUGGAGGAGAAACUCAUCCAGCGCCUGGACUAACACAUCGAAACAUGCUCAACUGUGCAUCUUGUCCUUCAAACAGGGAGAGAAGGAAACCUGCAUUCAGCUGCCAGAAGAAUUAAACCUGACCUGAGUGCAGGUGACUUUAAGCAGCUAAUUUGGGAAGUUCAAAGGAACAUUCUGGGACAUAAUCUUACGUGCAAUCUUCCCUUGAGUUGAUCUCAAUUUAAUCUCAAUACAUAUAUGCCUAGCUUAGCACAAAAGACUGGAAGUAGUGUUUUUGCCGUGCGAGGCUAAACAUUGGAACACGAAAUUGAUAUUAAUCUUCUCAUCUGGCAAAAUUUUAAACAAGCAUUUUCACAAAAUAUCAGUUCCUUAAGAAAAGCCACCUAUCUGCAUGAGGGUGCACGUCAAACUUAUGUCCCGGUACAGUUCAGUCAGUACUUCUCCCCCUUUGGUAAAGACAGAACUAGGCCUUGAAUCACUGACUUUGUUGACCCCAAAGAUUUUUGUGAUUUAUGGAAGGUUUACAUUCGCUUCAUAUCUUCUGGUAUUGCUAGAAUGUUCACAUGAAAACACCUUGUCUAUAUAUUGACUGAAGCAGGAUGGAGCACUGUUUGUUAAGAUGUCUUAAUACAUUUUGGGAUAUGUAGUACAGAAGAACAGAAAGGUGAACGUAUGUUUCUUUACUAAUUUGAACAAACUGGGCAGUUGUGUAUUAUAGUGAGGCUUUCUGUGUGUUCAGGUAAUUCCUUGUGUAUAUAUAUGUUUGUUUAUUUACUCUGUUUUGUGCAGAUUAAGAUUCACUUGACUAUUUAAGUGUGAAAACAAUAAAACGUGAACAUUUCUAUUGCA